AUGUCCAAAAAUAUUCGACAAAGACUAAUUAAUGCAAUUUAUGGUGGACGAAACAAACAAAAUGAAACAUUGAAAAAACCGAACAAAAUUGCAUGUUGUUCCAUUCGAAAACCAGACGACUAUGAAUAUAUUGCUUAUGAACCAGUUCAAAGAAGCUCAAAAAAGAAUUCGGAUGAUUAUGUCGAGUUACGUGAUUGUCAUUCGAAUUACGGUUCAUCGACUCAAAUUCCAUUUUCGUUUUCAGCCGAUUCUGGCAUAUGCGAUUCUGAAUGUUAUGAUGUAAAUAUAUCCUCAAUAACAACGACAAAUAUAAAGGGUAAAUUAGAAUCAACAGCGAAAAGUGAGAAUUAUGAAUAUUAUUAUCCAUCAACAAUUUCUGAUUUAAGUUCAAUUCCACCACAACAGUUAAAUUUAUCUAAUUUUCAUAUAACAUCCAAUUUUAGUACAAGAUCAUGUUCAGAAUGUGAUGAUCUAUCGUCAAUCGUGUCGUAUAAUUCUUCAUCUUCGGACAGGAAAGAAAUUCAUUACAAUCAGCAACUAGCACAAUUUAUUAAUUAUCGAACGACUGCAUCUAAUAUAAAAAUUUAUCCAGAUAUCAUCUAA